AUGGCCAGCACAGGCCCUACCCACCCUCAACACACGCCGUCCCGCUUCCCCCUACCCCGCCUCUCCCUCCUCGCACAUGCCAAGUCCAAGUCGAAGAAGCGGGAAGUGAGAGAGUGGAGGGAGAUGAGGGGAUCAAGGGAGAAUCACACAGACUCGACAGCCAAAGCGGACGAGGACGAGGAUGGGGACGAGGAAGGCGACGCGGGAUUUGGGUUCCUCAGCGGGAUCGACCUGCGCGCGCAGAUGGCCACCUGGGAGCGCUUGAAGAAGGGCGACAUUGCUAAACGGGCGAGUCGCGGGAGUGCUGGGAGAGGGCGAGGGCGCACUCGGGGAGGGGGGGAGGUGCUGGCGUUGGGCAGGAAGGAGGAGGAGGAGGAGGAGGAGGAGGAGGAGGAGGAGGAGGAGGAGGAGGAGGAGGAGGAGGAGGAGGAGGAGGAGGAGUCUACGGCAACGGCGAUGGCGAUGGCGAUGGGCCUCGCGAUGCAGAUGCAGAUUUGGAUGGGGAUGCGGGGGCCCAGGUGCCAGCAGCGACAGCUACAGCGGCUGCGAGGCUUAUGUCAGUCGGAGGGCGGUGUUCGGUCGGAGGGCGGGGACGGGAAGAGGAGUGGGGGCGGGGACGUGGAAGAGGAAGAGGAGGUACCUGGACACGAGCUUCCUCCUCAUACGCCACUGAAGGUGAAGCUGAAGGAAGGAUCACGGGCGAAGCCGCUCCCCAGGCAACGAGGACGAGAAGAAGGAAGGCAGCAGGCGGUGGAGAGGGUGGAGAGGGCGGAGAGGCAGUGCAUGCCCCUCCCGUGGCGGGCUGUCGUUCUGGGCGAUAUGGUUCUGGGGUGUGCGAGCUUGGAGAAGCGGUCCUGUGCGCCCGCACGGUCAGAUGUGUGUUCGUAUUCGCGUUCGGCGCAUGGGAGCAAGGGUUUGGCACGACGCGGGCGGGAUGACGUGUCGUCUUCGGGGGAGGAGGUGGAGGAAGAGGAGGAGAUGGAUGUCCCGCAGACGCUCAAGCUCAAGAUCGGGCCCCCGCGCGGUGUGCGCAAGGAGCGCAAGAAGCGCGAGGAGGACCGUCUUCCGCACCCCGCGACCCCGCCCGCAAGCGCUUCAAAUGGAUCGACCGCAGAGCCGGUUGUGCAGCAGGAGGCGCAUCAGGAGGCGGGGGCGCAGACACAGACGCAGAUUGUGGGUAAGGAGGAGGGAGACACGGGAGAGGGAGAUGAUCGUCAUCUGGGUGUCCUGGGCGUUGGUGAGGGGAUGGAUAUCAACAUCGACGGCGAGCCAGGCGAAGAAGGAUAUGAGCAGUUUGAGCAGUUUGGAGAAGAGUUUGAGGAGUUUGGAGACUUGGAUGUCGACUUCGACUCCCUCAAUCUCGCGUACCCCGACGACGAGACACCCUCUCCCAUUCCUCCCGUUCCUCCCCUCCACGCACCUGCCACCACCAACGCCGACACCAAUUGGGCUGGCCGUGGCGGCGAGACCCUCAAUGCUGGUUGCAAUACAGACAUCCUGAUGGCGUUCGAGCACGAGGGAGAAGAGCUGGAAAACGGGGAUGACGAGGGCGAGGAGGAUUUGUUGAUGGAUCUGGCGUACCCGGAACCACUCCCCCUCCUUCAGCCGCACACUCCCUCUUGCUCCCUCCCCUCUUCAUCAUCCACUCCCACUCCCACCCCCGACCCCGACCCCACCAGCCCCAGCCCGGCGAAGCGCAAACGCAAAGGGAAAGGCAACGGGUGGAUCAAGCACAAACACCCUACCGGUCCGCGCUUGCAGAGUGCUUGCGCAGAGUCCACGGCGGAGAAUAUGUCGUACGAAGAGUGGUGUCGGUCGGUGAUGGCCCGUGUGUCGACCUCGCAGAGGAGGUGUAGGAGCGAUCAGGGUCAGGGUAGGAGGACUGAGGGUGGUGCUGGCGGUUGGGAUGGCUGGGAUUCCGCUGGCGCUAGAAAUGGUGGAGGCGACGCGCUUCAGGGUACAGGAGAUGUAGAGCGGAAGGACGGGGCAGAAUGCAGGCCUGGGGGCAAGGAGAGUAGUGUGGAGGCGGAGGGCGGCGGGGCAGCGGGCGUUGAAGGCCCUCGCGCUGGUGAUCAUCAGAAAUCCGCCGGGGCGUUCAAAAUUCGUAUCAAGAUUCCAUCUGGGCUCUCCCUCAAAUCGCUGCUCCCGCCUCUGUCUUCGCCUCAACCAAACGCCGAAUUUCCUCCAUUUUCUUCGCCUUCCACAACCGUCUCAUCAGCCGAGGUCCCUGCUCUAGAAGGCCGACUCACCUCACUCCCUCAUAACGACUCAGCACACGCGCCACCACCGACACCAACACCAACACCGAUCCCCGUCCCCCCCGCCUCGCCGCCAACCCCCUCCUACGCCCCCCGCCUCCCCAUCACCACCAAGUGUCUCCCCUCCGCCUGCGCGGGCCCGCGCUGCAUGAAUCUACUCGCGUCGGAACUGGGGUACGGGUGGAAGAUGUGCGAGGCGCGCAGGGUGCAGGCGUGGCGCUACCAGCAUGUGAGGAAGUACGGGGGCGGGGGCGGUGGGUGCGAGGAGAUGGGUGGGGAGGUUCUGGGAAUGGAUGAGGACAAGGAAGAGGGGAUGCGCGAGCGGCUCGACAAUGCUGCAGCGCCUGAGGCGCCUAGACAGACGAUCUCGACUUGGAAUUCGAAUUUGAACGGCCAGUUCACACCUCACCUCAGGCCUUUGCGCACGGCAAGGCGAUUUCAGACUGUCGAGAAACUGCUGGAGCGGCUGGACGAGCAGCUGAAGGUGUUACUCCGUGCGAGGAAUUUGUGGGUCGAGUGGCGGAUGUGGAUGAAGGGCGGAGAAUGGGUGGGCCCUGGAGCGGGUUCUGGUGUUGACAUGGACAAGCAGACCGAAUCUACACCUACACUGGAUCCCAGCGAAGGAGAGAUACCCAUCCUCGGUGAGGGUGGCAAGCGAACCAAUGGCGAGAUGCAUAGCACUCAAUGUUACGCUGCUGCUCAAGCAAUGGACGUAGACCCCCCGGAACCCCCUCGUGUUUGCGAAGAUAUGGGAAUGGGUGGCGAAGUCCGUCAUCUUGGUGAACCACUGCGAAUACCUGCUCCACUAAACUGCUCUCCACGCCAUAGCUUGGACAUCCCCGAGAACUCAUCGCUUUCCUCCCCAAUCACAUUCUCUCCGUUGCCUGGCCAGCCACUAGCGCCAACAGAACCCGAAACCUCGCCCGACACCGUGCUGACGGGUACACAGUCACCCGCUCUCGAAUGCCUCAACCUGUCACACACGUACACCCUCGCCUCGGCCUUCACAUUUGACGGGGCCUUUUCUGUCGUUGCGCCCUUUUGCAAUGCCAACGUCAAGCACGGGCUGAAGAUCGCAGGCGUCUGCGCGCGGAUAUGGUGCGUGAAGGAGAUGGUGGAAACCGUCAUUGGAGUCAAGUUUGAUGAUGGUUCAAAGGGAGGGAACGGCGAGGAGAUGGAAAAUCAAGGGUUGAGUUUGGCGGUUUGCCCGUGUGGGUGCGGCCAGAGCGCCGUUACGAUGAGAUUCUGCUGGCAGAGCAGCAGCAACGACCCCGCGGACCCCACUCACGCUCCCUCGGCAGCACCUACUGACUCCCCGACCGAUAUAUCUUGCUCCAAACCCAAUGAAUACUUGACUCCAUCGACUACACAUCCAUCACCCAACGACGAUGACAUGCACCCUGCACCUCCGUCCGAUCCGAAUCUCCGUCUUCUAUCUCCCGAUACCACUCAGUGA